ACAAGGACUGGCAAGACAAGCGUGGCCUCCUGUACACCCUCAGUGGGGACGGCGUGGACGGCUUCGCCCCCGCCGACGCUUACUUCAGCAUCGACGCUCUCACGGGGGAACUCAUCCAGCAGCGGGCGCUGGACCGAGACCCUCCCCGUGGCCGGCAUAUGUGGAAGGUGCGGGUGCAGGUGAGGGACGGCCAGGCCCUCAGGUCAGGCGACCACCACCCCGCCCCCCCGCACAGCCACAGUCGCCGCCCCAGGCACACUGAGCGGAAGAUUCAAAGGGAGAGAACGUUAGACAGCCGCAAGGGAGAGACUGGAAAAACAGGUAAAGAAGAGAGGGAAAAGGGAAAAGAGAAAAAGCAGCAACAUGUGGAGUUUUUCAAAGAAACACCAACCAGGUUUUUCAGGAAGCUUCAAAGUGAACCAGAGGAGAGUUUAAACGAAUUGCAACAACUUAAAAAAACAGCGAGCUCGACGGAAAACGGAGACGUUGGGACUGAAGGGUUAACCAAACGGCUCCACACCUCACGCCUGCACCAAAUGAUCGAGGCGGCGAGGAAAAAUGUUCCACCGUCCCAGAAAGUUGAAAGCAGCCAGACUGAAAGUUUCUUCAAUUGGCCAGAAAUGAAAGUUUGGAAAACACAAAAAAAUCCUCAUGCAAAGGCAUUGAUUCCCUUCCUGGGUGAGGGGUUUGUGAAAGACCAAUUACAAGAAACGAAACUCAGAUAUUCGGGAAGUCAAAAAUACAGUCCGGGACCCAAUCGCCACACUGCUAAAGAAACAAAGACAGUAAAGCCAUUAUUUAACAAAAUACAAACCAAUUUAUCACAUCCAAAUACAUUAGGAAUUCUACGGAAAACUGGACGGUCAUUGAAAAGUAGAAAAAGUAGACAACCAAAGAGACUUCGAUCUGCCGGAAUGGGAAGUUUAGCAGAAAGUUCCUCGGAUGUCUCGGGAGUCCGCUACAAACACAACUUUUCGGUGAGCGUCGCCGAAAUAGGAAAGGGAGGUGUACCUCAGCAGACAUACCUCGCUGCUGAGGACUCUGAAGCCUUUGUGACGAAAAACUUUGUAGUAAAGGAAGUAUGCGUCCAUAACGACAAAGCGUUCAGUAUAUGUUCUAAAGGAGCGGAAAACGUCUCGAGCGAGACAAAUGCUGCACCUACAUACAAUGUCGUGAGGAAGGUUGAAUUAGCAUUAAAUACAGAAGAAAAAGAUGCUCUUGGUUUGUGGAAAACAGAGAAUUCAACCCCUUCUAUAAGACCCAAAGGGCUCCACCACGCAAGCAGGAGGGAGUCAAAGCAGAAAGGGAAAAGCUCUUAUGCUAAGGAGGCCGCAUCAUCCCACCUCUGCCUCGAGGGAAGUUGUAUGAAAGAGGUGACAUUAUUACCAAACGAGAUCACUGGAAAUAGAAAAAUUUACUCUCCUGCUGGGUAUGAGCAAACUGAGAAGAAUAGAAAACCUAACACGAAACUGAAAAAGACUUCUCUGAAAACUACACUUAAAAAUGACAAACAUCCUAAACGAAGGAUGAGACGUGGUAAUGAAGGACCAUACAGCUUGAAUGUGACGCCUUCCAUUAGGGAACGGAGGGAGGCUGCGAGAUACAAGCAACAAGGAAGAAAGAGCUCCCAUCGAAGCAAAACGUAUAACCCUAUGGGGAACUUAGACACUGGGGUUGGAGGAGGCGGCGGUGGUGGAGGCUGCGGGGACGUGUUUGGCGGGGAGCUGCACGAUUACAACGUGUCCAGGACCAAUGGCGGUGGGCCUGGUUGGGUGCACAGAGGCCGCGUGCAUCUGGUGGAGACGGUGGUGACCCUGCUGGUGAAGGACAUCAACGACAACCCGCCGGUCUUCCCUAACACUACCAUGUUCGGGGAGGUGCAAGAAAACGGCCCCAUAGGUGAGUACGACUUUUUCAUGUUCACGUGCCUGAACUCAGCAACAGACUUCCUCGACAUCCUGAAGAGCAACAACUCAAGAGGAAUCAUCGCUUCACUGGACGUUGAGUCACUCUUCACGAAUGUCCCUGUUGAACGCACCAUCAACUACAUCGCUCAGCGAGUGUACCAUGACGACAGCACCCCACCGCUAGACAUCCCAGAACUGAACAAAUUCAUCACCAUGAGCAACAUCAACAGCGAGACCAUCAAAAUCAACAAGGUCUCUGGUGAAUAUGGUAUGGGCUACUGCUAUGGCACCGUGAAGACACAUAAACCAGGAAACAAACUCCGGCCCAUCAUAUCACAAAUCCCGACACCGACUUAUAAUAUCGCGAAGAAACUCUGUAAGAUCCUUACACCAUACGUCCCAACAACAUAUAGCCUGAACUCAGCAACAGACUUCCUCGACAUCCUGAAGAGCAACAACUCAAGAGGAAUCAUCGCUUCACUGGACGUUGAGUCACUCUUCACGAAUGUCCCUGUUGAACGCACCAUCAACUACAUCGCUCAGCGAGUGUACCAUGACGACAGCACCCCACCGCUAGACAUCCCAGAAGCAGCUCUACGUGGUCUACUUCAAUGCUGCACGAAAGAAGCACCGUUCACCUGUCCACGGGGUCAAAAAUACCAGCAAAUCGAUGGAGUCGCUAUGGGCUCUCCAUUGGGAGUGCUUCUAUCAAAUUUCUUCAUGGGCUGCAUUGAAGAUGAAGUUUUCAAAACAAUAAACAAGCCGGACAUCUACUGCCGAUACAUCGAUGACAUCUUCAUCAAAACGAAGAACGAAGAAGACAUGGAAGACAUACGUACCUGCCUACAAGAGAUCUCAGGACUUAAGUUCACAAUAGAAAGAAGCGCCGAGGGGAAAAUGCCGUUCCUGGACCGCAUGGCGUGGAAUGUGACAAAGAAGAACCAGGGCGCUGGGCUUGACGGCGACGUCAUAUAG